AUGGUCGAAAACGAAAUUGAUGUGGCAUCCAUCCCGUAUACUCCUGCCAAGAUUCCAAUUCCUGCUAGAGCACCCCCUUUGGUUAUUACAUCGCCUGGUCCCGUCCUGUAUACUAGUGAAAGAGCAAUCCCAUGGAAUUAUGGGGGAGAAGUUUUCUACCAAGGGGCCAAGUAUGAGGUUAAAGCGUCGGUGGAGAAAGAAGAUGUUGAUAAUGUUGUGGGCAUUGGAAGAAUGACGAGAAGUGGUCGUAUUUUCAAUCCUCCCCAGAAUACUCGCGAUGACAAUACAGAAGCUCUAGCUCAAGCAAAAGGGAAGGAAGUGGUGGAAGAUACAGUGGAUCAGGGGCAAAACUCUAAUUCUGAAGAUACUGUGGCCAAAGAGAUGGAAGAGUUCCUAAAGAUCAUCAAGAAAAGUGAGUAUAAAGUGGUUGACCAGUUGAGUCAAACUCAAUCAAAGAUUUCGAUCUUACAGUUGCUCUUGUGUUCGGAGACACAUCGAAAUGCUUUGUUGAGACUCUUAAGUACUGCCUUCGUCCCUCCAGAGAUCUCAGUGAAUCAACUUGAAGGGGUGGUGUCAAACAUCAAUGCUGGUAAUGGAUUGGGAUUCACUGAUGCAGACUUGCCUUCCGAAGGUAGAAACCACAAUAGAGCUUUGCAUAUAUCAGUGGAGUGUAAAGGGACUAUGUUAUCACGUGUUCUCGUGGAUAAUGGAUCUUCCUUGAAUGUAUUACCAAAGUCAUCUUUGAUGAGGCUAGAUUAUUCUGGUGUUGAGAUAAGGCCGAGUGAAUUGACGGUAAGAGCCUUUGAUGGAUCAAAGAGAUCGGUGUUUGGGGAGGUUGAUUUGCCGAUAGUGAUAGGCCCUCAGCUUUUCACUAUUACUUUCUUUGUGAUGGAUAUCCACCCGUCUUACAGUUGUCUCCUGGGACGUCCAUGGAUCCAUGCUGCUGGGGCCGUGACUUCUACAUUGCAUCAGAAACUCAAAUUUGCCACCCAAGGAAAGAUAGUCACAAUAUGUGGAGAGGAAGAACACGUGGUAAGCCAUCUUGCGUCCUUCAGGUAUAUUGAUGUGGAAGGAGAGGUUCACGAGACGCCUUGCCAAGCCUUUGAGGCUGUCCAGACUAUCAAGAUCCCUUAUGUUGAAAAUAAGAAGUUGGAGGCUCCCAUGUCUUCACUAAAGGAAGCUAAAGCUGUGGUUGAAUCUGGUCAUCCUGAAGGAUGGGGCCGAGUCUUGGAUUUACCGAUCAAGCAGGAUAAAUAUGGGAUUGGAUAUCAGUUGGGUCAGAGUUCGUCUAAUGAGGCCCCCAAGAAGCCCGGAACCUUCGUUCCGAUCAAGUUCUCUACUGCUGGCAUCGUCAAAGAUCACAUCUGUGCUGCUGAUGAUGAUGUGGAUAGCGAUUAUGACAUUGAAGAAUGGAUCAAGCCGUGUGUCCCAGGACAGAAGCUUCUCAACUGGUCGUCCGAGGACAUCAUCUCAAUUGCUUCUGAUCCAGAAUCCACCUCUCCUCCAGAUUCUGUUGAUAACGAUCUUGCUAUGCCUCGUUAUGACUUCGACAAUCCUAUCUACACCGCCGAAGAAGGGGAUGAAGAAGAAUGUGAACUCCCUGAUGAGUUGGCCAAAUUAUUGAAACAAGAAGAGAAAGUGAUCGAACCGCAUCAAGAGCCUAUUGAGACGGUGAAUCUUGGUACCGAAGAGAUGAGAAGGGAGGUUAAAUAG